AUGGCGCAUGACAGAAGCGACGGGGAGAGCCAUGGAGACAAAGACGGGGUGAGAGCGCGAGGGAGGCGAGAGGGCUGCUCGCGAGAGGAGGCGAGGAAGAAACAUGCGCGGAGAGAUGGGGAUGCGGAGGAGGGAAAGGAGGCAACGCAAAGACGAGAGAAAAAGACAAUCGGAAAAGCAACGCAACGGAGAGGCACCUGCAAGGGAGAAAAAAUGGAGGCAGGCGGAGGUGAUUCGAGUUGCCGCUUGCAAGGGGAAUGCCGGCCUACUGGCUCGCGCAAGCCAUUACUUCUAACCUGGAAAAAGGUGAGCAGCAAUAGCAGCGACUGGACCUGGCAGAGUCCAAGCACACGCCAUCCACGCGGCACUUGGGCAUGCGGAAGUACACGACACGAUGCAAGAAGUCGCAUGCAGCUCCACGCAUGCAAGCGCCUCGCCACCAAUGGCGGCAGACAACGCUGUGGCGUCCGCGAGCUGCAGCAGCCACUGAGUCGGAUCCCAAGACGCCCUGCUGCAGCAGCAGCUGCUGCUGCUGCUCCUGCUGUUGCUGCAGCUGAUACUUUAGCUCCUUUCGAGGCAAAUUACGAUGCCUCUAGACCCCUGCGUGCUAGCGCCAGGGUGCUUCAGUUUCCGCAGCAGCUCCUGCGGUGUCUGCUAGGCACAGCUAGCCACAGGGAAGCCAGAGAAAGCGAUUUAACGGCUGAAAAAAAUACUGUUGUUGCUGCCGCUGGGAUGAUGGGGCAGAGAGUUGCAAAGGUUGGGGUCGCCAAGAAGACUGUUGGUCUUGUGCUCUCUGUGCGCCGAGGAUUCUUUCUGUUCCGACUGCCUCCUCGGCGAAUCGAUAUGAGCGCCCUUUUUGCUGCGGCUGCUCGCGGCAGCACCUCAGCCGGCGUCUUCCCAGUUGUUGCUGCUAUCGCGCGCUGGACUAGACCUCCUCCUGCGUGGACUAACAGCUGCAGGGCCUCCUACGGCACAACAACCCCACCUUCUACCGCGGGAGCUGGGGCGGCUUUGGCUGCCGCUUCCCCCACGAAGGGUGCAAGCACCGGUAUAUAUGUAGUCGAGGUGGGAGACGCUCCCGUUCGAACGGCGGAAGGCCAGGAGCUCCUCCUGCCGUCUCGAGCUGCCGCUGCCGCUGUUGCAGCAGAGGCGCUGCGUGUGCAGCAUCAGGUGCAGCAGGCGCAGCAGCAGCAGCAGCGGCAUGUGCCGCAGCAUCUUCUCCGACGUCCCCUUACAGGCCUUCUGGCAUUCGCUCAGGAUGUCUCCCUGCAACUGUUGCAACAACAACAGCAACAACAACGGCAACAACAACAGCAACAACAACAGCAACAACAACAGCAACAACAACAGCAACUCUCUUUACGCGAGCGCUUGAUUGAGGAACUGCUUCAGUUUGUCGAGUCAGAUACUGCCCUUUGCCGCGAAGAACCUCUCGCCCCUGAGGCAUUGAUGCAGCAGGAUGCAGCGGCAGCAGCGGCGGCAGUGGCAGCGGUCAGUGGCGAUGGCACUGGCGCCUUUUUGCAGCAGCGAUGCGGAAACUGGGAGCUUCGCGCUGCAGUUUUGCUGCAAGAGCAGCUGCUCCUACCGCCUCUGGUUGCUGCGUUCAGCAAGCGGCACGGUGUUUCUUUGGAGAUAAGUCAAGGCAUUCGGACGGCCACUCAGAGCCUUCAGACUUUAGAGCGCCUACGCGAGGCUUUUCAUUCGCUUACACCCCUGCAGCUGGUUGCGCUCCAGGCUGCAGCAGGUCAGCUGCGAUCCGUUCUCAUUGCUGACGAGUUGCUCUACGGCACAGCAUUCCAGCAGCCGCAGCAACCCACAAGUGUUGCUGCGUCUUGCUCUGCUUCUGCCAGCAGCCAUGCAUGUGAAGGUCUCUCUUCCGGAAGACUCGUAUCGCGCGACACCGACGCAGCAGAAGCUGCCGGCACCAGCGCUGUAGCUGCAGUGGCAACUGCAGUCAGACAGGCAUGGGAGGCCAGCUCCAUAGAGGUGCGCGUGCAGCAGCAGCAUUUUGGAUUUGUGUAUGGUGAGCAUGACACUGCGGAGGCAGAAGCCUUGCUGUGGCUAACCGCAGCAAGAACUGCUGUCGCGUUGUUUUAA